CUUCCUCCAAGUAUAUUGUACCUUAAAGACUUCUACUUCCGCUCAGCCGGCACUCUCUCCGCUCUCCCCCCAUUUCCCCCAACAUGGAAUCUAUCGCAGUCCUCAUGAUCUGCCCCAUGAACGGGUACCUCGAGCAAGAGCUCCAGAAGCGCUUCAACCUGCUCAGACUCUGGACGGCACCGCAGAAACCAGGAUUCCUCGAUACCCACAAGAAUUCCAUCCGCGCAGUCGUCGGAACCGCGACGGCCGGCGCCGAUGCUCAGAUGAUAGAGGCUCUGCCUAAUCUUGAGAUCGUGGCCAGCUUCAGUGUGGGACUCGACAAGAUUGACUUGGGCAAAUGCAAGGAAAAGGGGAUUAGAGUCACCAACACCCCUGAUGUGUUGACGGAUGAUGUCGCGGACUUGGCGAUUGGGUUGAUGUUGGCCGUGCUGAGGAAGCUGUGUGAGAGUGACCGGUACGUGAGGAGUGGAAAGUGGAAGAGAGGGGAUUUCCGGUUGUCCAGGAAGUUCACAGGGAAGUCAGUUGGCAUCAUUGGACUGGGCAGGAUUGGCAUGGCAAUUGCAAAGAGAGCUGAGGCAUUUAGCUGCCCUAUUAGUUACUACACCAGAUCGCAGAAAUCAGACGUAAACUAUAAAUACUACCCCAGUGUUGUUGAGCUCGCCUCCAACUGCCAAAUUCUGGUAGUUGCAUGCGCACUGACAGAAGAAACCCGCCACAUCAUCAACCGUGAAGUCAUUGAUGCUUUGGGUCCAGAGGGCGUUCUCAUCAACAUUGGGAGGGGCCCUCAUGUAGAUGAACCUGAGCUGGUUUCAGCACUAGUAGAAGGUCGACUUGGUGGUGCUGGACUAGAUGUUUUUGAGCAUGAGCCUGAAGUACCCGAAAAACUCUUUGAGCUUGAGAAUGUAGUGCUCUUGCCUCAUGUAGGAAGCGGCACAGUGGAAACCCGCCAAGCCAUGGCUGAUCUUGUGAUUGGGAACUUGGAGGCUCACUUUCUGAACAAACCAUUGCUAACUCCCGUAGUUUAGGAGUUAGGUUGAUGGACAAACAAUUUGUUGUAAGAGCUUCAUGCAGCUGCAUUUAUAUUUUAGUCCUAGAAUCUUGGAAUUAUGUCUUAAACAUUGAGGUGGAAUAAGAUGGUUGGAUUGUG